AUGGAAGAACAAGAUAUAACCGUACACAAAAAAUUAACUUUUUCAAUUGAUAAUAUACUCGACAAACCACAACCAAUAUUUAUUAAAAUAAAACAUCAUCAUUUACUUAUCAAUGGUAACGAUGAAAAACAUCUAUCGACUGACGAACAUAAACAUACUCAUUUAAUGAAUACUGAUGAUGACUUACACGGUUGUAGCGAUGGUUCAGCUUCAUCAGCCAGUGACGAUGAUGAAAGUUGUUCAGAAGAUGGAAUAAUAAAUCAAUAUAAUCAGCAUGAAAUUGUUCAUAGAAAAAAAAAGACACGUACAGUAUUUUCACGUACACAAAUAUUUCAAUUAGAAACAACAUUUGAUCGAAAACGAUAUUUAUCUAGUGCCGAUCGAGCCAAUUUAGCUCAAGGUCUACAUCUUACAGAACAGCAAGUUAAAAUUUGGUUUCAAAAUCGACGAAAUAAACUUAAACGUCAAAUAGUUGAAGCAAGUCAAUCAUUAAAUUCAGUUGUUGCAUCUUUACAAACUCCACCCUCGUCGUCAAAUAAUUCCAUUAUAAAACAUCCUCUCGUAUUACCCAGUGAUUAUUCUUCUUCAUCAUCAUCAUCAAAACAGCAUCAUCGUUUUGAUCCAACAUCGUUUUAUGAAUUAGCUACUCUUGCUGCAGCACAUGCAGCAGCUGCUUUUCAUAAUCAUAAAGCACAGAGUAGUACAACAUUCCAAGAUUUUGCCAAUUCUCUUUCUACUCAAACAGCCGUUUAA